UCAUUUAAUGUUAUAUAGUUUAUAGUGCACUUGUUUUAACAUCUUGAUUGAAAUGUUGAAUGCACUAAAACAAGAAAUCAAAACUAAUUCGCCUUAUACGCACAGUGUCCCAUACCUUAAACCCUACUUAAUGUUAAAUGCUUUUUUAGUUUGUUCAUUGUUGACGUGACUACGCUAUUGCAUAAAUAUUUUUAGAUAUAAUGUAAACUUUUCUAAGGGAAUGAGGACUUUGUACCAUUUUUUUAAUUAUUUUGGAAAGGUGACAGGUGCUAGUUAACAUAAUUUCUAAUAAUUAUGGAAAAUCAGAGUCACCAAGGCGAAGCUUACCAAACGUAUCAAUCUUUUUGGAAAAAGAAUACUCGUGCUGUUCCAGGCAGACCAAGUCCCAAACAAGAUGGUAAGCUUGGUAAAAUAGGUAGUACUACACUGAUGUCUGGCAGUUCAGCUAAUAUAAUAUCUACAAGUGGUGGAGUUAUAUCAGGAAGUAGUGGAGGCUCUACAUCAUUUCAAGAUUUUCAAGAGAGUGUAGAUGAUGCGUGGGAUUCGGGAGAUGAUGAGUUUUGCACAGUCUCAGAUGUAAAAAUAUCAAAACGAGUUAGCCAAUCUGCUGCUAUCAGUGUCAUUAAUAGUCAUAGGUCAGGAAAAACAUGCAUAGAUUCAGGGACAAAUGUAAAAUCUACGCAUCGCGUUCAAGAAAUUAUUCCGGAGGAAAAACGGGCGGAAGCUCUCCAAAGACUAGCCGUGCAACCGUUGCAUUUGCGAAAUGCUAAUUUGUCUAUACAUUCUCAAGUGAAUAACAGUCAACAUUCCACAGAAGAUGUGGGUGUAAAGUACGGUGUUUCCCCGCAACAUAAACCAACGCAAUUCCCAGGCAGGCCGCAACCGCUAAGACAAACAACCGCGCCUGCUAAAUUUUUUGUACCUUCUAAAGAACAAGAUGGGGAAAGUAAAGUAGAUAAAUUUCAGUCCCUUCUGGAAGCUUCUGUAUUAAACUUAGACGAACUGAGGCAGUUGUCGUGGUCGGGUGUGCCUGCAAGACUGCGUUCUGUUACAUGGAGGUUAUUGUCUGAGUAUUUACCAGCUAAUUUGGAGCGAAGGCAACACGUAUUAGAACGAAAACGAUUGGAUUAUUGGAAUUUAGUGAAACAGUAUUACGAUACUGAAAGAGAUGAAGGAUUCCAAGAUACAUAUCGUCAAAUACACAUUGACAUUCCAAGAAUGUCACCGCUUAUUUCGUUGUUUCAACAAACAACAGUGCAAUUCAUCUUUGAAAGAAUACUCUAUAUUUGGGCGAUUCGACAUCCCGCCUCUGGUUACGUUCAAGGAAUGAAUGAUCUAGUGACACCUUUCUUUCUCGUGUUCUUGCAAGAAGCAGUGCCUGUGUCAGCGUGGCAAGAUUUAGAAAAUUAUGAUGUUGCAUCAUUGCAAAAAGAACAACGAGAUAUUAUAGAAGCAGAUAGCUUUUGGUGUUUGUCCAAGUUUCUCGAUGGUAUUCAAGAUAAUUAUAUCUUUGCUCAAUUAGGCAUCCAGCACAAAGUAAAUCAGUUGAAGGAACUGAUACAAAGAAUUGAUGUACCUUUGCAUCAGCAUCUACACCAACAUGGCGUGGAUUAUUUACAGUUUUCUUUCCGAUGGAUGAAUAAUCUAUUAACAAGAGAAAUCCCUUUACAUUGUACCAUUCGUCUAUGGGACACUUAUUUAGCAGAAUCUGAUCGAUUUGCUUCGUUUCAACUUUAUGUAUGCGCCGCGUUUCUUCUUCGUUGGAGACGUCAUCUUUUAUUGCAGCCUGAUUUUCAAGGGCUAAUGUUAAUGCUACAAAACCUGCCUACUCAAAAUUGGACAGAUUCAGAAAUAGGAAUAUUAGUAGCAGAAGCAUACAAAUUAAAAUUCACAUUCGCAGAUGCUCCCAAUCACUUGCAAGCUCACGAUACCAGGUGACCACUUUGCAAUGUGUUUAGAUAACGAUAUGAGAAUUGCGGCCACGAACAUUGACACAAAUGAUUUUGUGCUAAAAUGAUACGCCUGUUUUUAUAGUCAUCGCUUAUAUUAUAUAAUAUAUCGAUGACUCUCAGGACCAGUUUAAAUUGUUUUCUAAUUGAUUCAAGUUAUUAAUUUUAAGUCGCUUUGUUCUGUAGUUCAAAAAGGAAGCUUUGUUUUCGUUAUGUUUUUCAAAGACUCAAAGUCUUUACAAAUUUUAUUACUAUAUUAUAUGAUAUAUUUUAUUAUUAUUAUUAUUAUUAUUAUUAUUAUUAUUAUUACCAUUACCAUUUCUAUCAUUAUUACUAAUAAUAUUGUAGCAAUUAUUUUUAGAGUUACUGGACGAUAAUCUAUGAACAAUAAGUUUGCUCGCCAUUUCUCAAUUUGUGAAAAAUAUAUUUAGAUGCAUCCUGAAAUACGAAGAUGUAAUGCGGAUUGACCGCCACUCAUGGUUCGUGUUACAUUUGUAUAAUAUAUUUAAAAUUAUUAUAUACAUCGGUAACAAAUAAGCGAAAGAUUUUAUAAACCAGUUGCAAUUAUAUGAUUGCUAUUUUACGUAGCGAUUACAAGUUUUCUUCUACUCGUAUAAAUUUUCAGUUUGUGCCCGAUUUCAUUUAAACAAGUUAGUAUAUGUAAUUUACAAUAUACAAAACACGUAAAAAGAGUAGCACAUGUAUUAUGAUAAUAUUUAUUUCCAUUUCUGUCAGUUUUUCUUACUUCAGAAUACCUUUAAAAAGAGAACAGGCUAUUGUUCGGAAUUUAGAAUCUCGUGUCAGGAGAUUUCGAAGCAAAUGUUUGCCAUGUUUAUGCAUUGCCAUAAUACAAAUAUUACAGAGAGAGCUUCUAUCUUUAAAUUAUCUGUACGUUAUUCUUAGUUAUCUAUAAACAUCUUACAAAAUAA